ACUAAGACCGCGCCGCCCCCGGGCGCUGCGCGGCGGCCGCAGAAGAGGAGGAGACCGGCGGGCCCGGGAGGAGAGGCGCGGAGGGGAGCGGAGCUAUGUUAAACCCGGGGUACCGCUGAGGCGGGGCGGGCCAGGCCACAGGCGGGGGCUCUCCGGCGGCGGGCGCGCAGGAGCCCGGCUCCCGAGGCGGCGGCAGGCAGCAUUUCGGCGCGGGGAGCGGCUCCGCAGCCACCGGGCCAAUGAACAUGUCAGUGUUGACUUUGCAGGAAUACGAAUUCGAGAAGCAGUUCAACGAGCAUGCGGCCAUCCAGUGGAUGCAGGAGAACUGGAAGAAAUCAUUCCUGUUUUCAGCUCUCUAUGCUGCCUUUAUAUUUGGUGGUCGGCACCUAAUGAACAAACGAGCAAAAUUUGAACUGAGGAAACCAUUAGUGCUCUGGUCCCUGAGCCUUGCCGUCUUCAGUAUAUUCGGUGCUGUUCGAACUGGUGCUUAUAUGCUGUACAUUUUGAUGACCAAAGGCCUGAAGCAGUCAGUGUGUGAUCAGAGUUUUUACAUUGGACCUGUCAGCAAAUUCUGGGCAUAUGCAUUUGUGCUAAGCAAAGCACCCGAACUAGGCGACACAAUAUUCAUUAUUCUUAGGAAACAGAAGCUCAUCUUCUUACACUGGUACCAUCACAUUACUGUGUUACUUUAUUCUUGGUAUUCCUACAAGGACAUGGUGGCUGGCGGUGGCUGGUUCAUGACCAUGAACUAUGGAGUACACGCCGUUAUGUACUCUUACUAUGCCUUGCGGGCUGCUGGCUUCAGAGUCUCACGCAAGUUUGCCAUGUUCAUCACCUUGUCGCAGAUCACUCAGAUGUUGAUCGGUUGUGUGAUCAAUUACCUGGUCUUCUCCUGGAUGCAGCAUGGCCAGUGCCAUUCCCACGUGCAGAACAUCAUCUGGUCCUCUCUCAUGUACCUCAGCUACUUUGUGCUCUUCUGCCAUUUUUUCUUUGAGGCCUAUAUCGGCAAAACCAGAAAAGAAAGGAAGGUUGACUAGUGGUAGCAACGAGAAGCCAUAGCUCAGGGUCAUCAAGAAAAACAAAAUUAUAAGAAAAGAAAAUGGCACAAGGAAACACAUAUAUGUAUGGUGCAGCUAAAACUUGGCAGCUUAGGGAAAGUUAGCUUGGUUUAACCCAGUAAGUUUAUGAUCCUAUCAUGGUGAGAACUCACUGAAUUCUACUCUAUCUCAAAGGACUGCUGGUGAAAGACAACUUCCUUCUUGUACCUGUCUGCUCUAGAAAAGAAAGGAGAAAAGAAAGAAGAGAGAAAAAAAAAAAAAAAGAAAAAAGGAAAGAAAAGAAAAGAAAGAAGAGAAGACAAAAGAAAUAAUGUUGAGGGGGAAAAAAGAACAUUAAAUAAGCAGUGUGUUUCCCCAGGGUGGAGGAAAGACUUUUAUUAAAAAAAGUUUCUAAAUCCUUUCUCAUAUUUUUUCAGCAUUAAACUUGAACAAAACAAAGCAGAGAGGUUACAAAAAGAAAAACAAAUCUGUCUGUGAUAACAGUACAAUUGCAGAAUUAGAAUAUUUUCCAUAUAGGGUUGAUACCUUUAGCCAAAAUGAAACCCAAAAGGAUGUUUCCUGUACGGAAGGUGGCUGAACUCCACUCUGUGGUCAUGUAUGGAAAAGAGAAGAGAUUGAUUUCUCCGCUAUGUACUCCACCAGGGGAGCAGAUCUGGGAUGCAGAGUCACCUCCCUCAGAAGGCAGAAAGGAGCAGUACUUUACAAGAGUUUAAUGUGAAAAGAUGCACUGUUGCAAUACAUAUCUCAGAGAGUGCGUUUUCCAAGUGCAUUUUUCACUUAAAAACAAGGAGUUUUUACAGCAGGAUAAGUCAUAGAGGGUUAAAUCAAUCAAUAUUUGCUAAAUUACCAGGGGCUAAUAGCAGAGGGAUGUGCUGGAAGGAGAGGGAGGCAACUUUCCUCAUGUGAUUUUUAGGAAUUAUCUGUUAAUCUCAAUUUAACCCGCAGCAACACUGAAUUAAAUGGGGGAAAUUGGAAGAAAUCCUAGUUAGCGGGAAGAGAGUGAUGUAUCUGCCCACUGUUUUCAGAACAAUGCCCUGUGGUACGAUACGGAUUCUGUAUUUUUGUGGACACAAGGAUACCUGUCUGGGUGGGAAGAGAUGGCAGGACUGUGCGACAUUGGGAAACACUGUGCUUCUGCAUCUGCCUCCUGGGCAGUGCAAAGAUGUUCAAAGUGCCCUCCUCUGGUCAUGUGGAGAUACUACUACAAAACAUACUUGGAAUAGGGUUUUCUUGAGAUUUGUAUGGAGAAAAAAAAUAGUCUAAACAGAGUAAUUUUGCUGCAACAGCUUAACUCUAAAGUCCAGAGAGAAUUACCCUUCAUUAAGUAUAUCUCUCUGCAGAAUCUGUACUGUAACAUCAGACUGACCACUUUAGAAGACGUUCUUUCUUCUCUGAAGUCAGCUACAGAUAUAAGGAGAAACGUAUUUCACUCUGAACCUUAGAGAGUUAGUUGAGAACAGCCAUAUUCUUUCAAAGACAAGUAGAUUGCAUUAUCUGUGAUAUUCCAGUCCUUAAAAAGCCAAAUAAAAUGUGUAAAAAUUCCUAGUAUUUCAAAGACGCAAGUAUGUAAACUUGAUGUUAAAUGUGUUAACGUAGUAUUCUAAAUUGUAUCAGUUAGGUAGUUUAACUAAACAAUUAGAAGAACUAGAUCAACAAAAUAGGGACUGCUGUUCUGCAUAGAGUAUACACACACCUAUAACUACACACCCAUAUACACAUUCUGUGAAUUGUCAACAAGAAAAAAAAGCCCAGUGGCAGAGAAUCACAUUUCCUGGCUAAUGCAAAAGAUUGUCAUUAUCUUUCUUGCUUUAAUUUGAGAUUGUACAGUACAAAGGUUUUUUUUUUUCAAUUAUGAUUUUUAGCUUUAAUUGUGCUGUCAUUCAUGAAACAGAGCUGCUUUAGUAUCCUGUUAAGAGAUGAUAAGGGCUUUUGGUGUCUCAUUAUAUACAAAAGAAAAACAAAUAAAGCUACAUUCCAUGUUAUGUGAAUGGUCUUACAAAUCAAAAAGCCUUUGCAGGCUAAAAUCAUAACUAUAACAAGCAGAAAAUGAGUUUACAUUUGUGUUAUUUAAGUUAUUGAUGUGCUGAUGUUAUUUUAUGGUACACAACAAAUAGCAAAAUGUGAUAUGCAGUAACGAAGCUAUGAUACUCGUUAAUAGGACUACUGUAUACGUGGAAAUAUUAGACAAAACCAAUUAAAUGUGCAAACCAUUUUGUUAUACAGCUUGGGAGUAGAUAAUUAUAAUGCUGAAUAAGCCUUUUUCCUCAUGCUUAAUUUUGCUCUGGCUAAGAAGCAGGUUAAGAAGACCAGUUGAGAGUAGAAAAGGCAAAAUUAAAAUCGACUGCAAUUAGAUGAGAAGUGUUAGUAGAAGCUCACCAUCGUGCCAUUUGACCCUCAGUCCUGUGUGUCUUAGGUCUCUUAAAUAAAGCAAGAGGGGUUGGAAGUGGUCCGGUGUCUGGAGCUGAAGUUGGAGCAGAAAUCUUGGACCUUGUGAAGUCAGUGGAGAUUUUGCUCUGCUGUGAACAGAGCCUCUGUGUCUGACUGCCUUUACCUGAGCAGGGGGGAAGCAACUGCACACAUCUCAGGCUAAUUUGAGGCUUGUGGCUAAUGACUUAAAGCCCCCUAAACUUUAUCAAUACAAAGUGACACCACAGCAAGGUAAGGACUCCUUGCUCCCAAGUUUAACACAGGCAGAAAACAGGGUGGAUUGCAACCAACCUGCCAUGUUUAGUAUAUUGUUUUCCUUAGUUGCAUAAGAGAAAAAACACACCUGUGCAUUCUGGAUGGCAAUUCUGGCAAUGCCGAUACUCAGCAGAGCAAGGAUUACACCCACUCUUACCCCAUCCUCCCAAAGCCCUUGCAGGCACCAUUGCACUGUUCCCAGUGCCUGCUCCAUGACAUGCCCAGCACCCUACCAGCUAGGGCCAGGCAGGCACCAGCCACCUUCCUUAUUGCCUGGGAAGUGGCUCCUGUGCAGAAUCCAGCCCAAGUGGCCUCCUCAAGAUGCAGUGCAGGUGUAUCCCUGGCAUGCAGAGGGAAAUUGGCACUGAAUUCAGUGGAUGUCGUGGCAGGUGACUAGGCUACAGGCAGGCAUAUGUGUAGGGAAGGGGCAGCAAGGUCAGACUCACAAGGGACAGUGGUAAAUUAGGGUACAGUUAUUGUCACACUGCCACUUGCUUAAGGAGAUGACAUGUCACACAUGCGUUUACACAGGUCGUAUAGCCCUACUAUACCACUGGGCUUUUCCUCUGAGGUUUUCCACUGGAGUGGUAACUGGCAUUAAAGAAAUUGAGGAGAAAACAAAAAACAACUUAAACUGAUUUUCUUCUUUUUUCUUCCUAAAACAUGCACACAUGAUAUUUAGACAUCACAUUUAACCCACUUACAUGUACUUAAAUACUGAGCCAGUCAACCCUAAUGUAAUGACACCUCAACAAUACCCCAGCUGUUCCAACCUACGAGUCACAAGAUAUCAACACAGCUACUUGGGUCCUAUUUAUUUCCCCUGCUUUGAGCAUUGGGGUCACACUUUCAAAUUUUUCUGUCCACUACCACCCUUUUUUUCCUAUAUUAUUUUAAAUAAAGCUGUAAUUCUGUUGCAUUCACACACACUAUGGGGAAUUCAAACUUUAUAUAGACUACCAAGCAUUACGGGACUUGUGACAACUAUUACAGAUGCUGGAAAUGCUGUUAUGGCAUUCACUUUUAAAGUCAGGAGAGUUACACUGGUGAUAAGGCCAGUCUGCCACGGCCAAAGUCUGUUUUAUAUUUUGACACGUUAAUCCAAUGUACUGAAAUAAAACCAGAAAGGUUGGUGUGGAUUUACACUUAGGCAGCUGUGAACAGAAUUUUGCUCUUCCUAAACGCUACUUGUGUGUAGUAGAUGCUCCAAGGAAAAUAUUUUCAGCUAGUUAGUUGAAGAGCAAAAACUUGGGUAAUUCUGCAGGCUCUUUAAAAUUGUGCCUGUGACGAAAAGGAAACCCCUUGUGCUUACAGACCUUCUGUAACUUGGAGUCAGAAAUUAUGUAUGUCUGGGCUCACUGAUAACACCCAACUAAGAGCAGCUGGCUCCAAAAGAGACCUAUUGCCAGAAUCUCACAGUAAACUAAUAUCAGCUUUUACUUACAAGAUAAGGGCCAAAGCGUGCAAGAGGAAUCACUGAAAAGGGCCAAGCUGGGUAGUAGUAAUAAAGUAUUGAGCACAAACUGCAGGAGAGACAAGGAGAGAGAAGCCCUAUUACAAAUCCCAGGAGAAGGUAUUACCAGGCUGAAUGCUGACUCCUUCCCAAGAUGAGGAAAGGCAAGGCGGGAGGAGGGUGGGCUCCACAGUUCCAGGUGCCCAGAACAGGGUGGCUGGUGGAGUGAGACUUGCAUGAAGGGGUCCCUCCUGCGGGAGUGAGACAGCAGCCUUUGUAAGCAGUGCCAGAUACAACAUAUUAGUGCAGUAGUAUCUCUAGUAGUUGUAGUCUAUCCUGUACUUCAGAACUGGUAACAGGAAUAUAACUUGUUUAUAUACAAAUCAUAAAUACAGACAUACUUUAAGUUGUAAAAAUGGCCUUGAUCAAAGAAGAAAUCAAAACAAAUUGCAGACCAUUCCACUCACACAAGUUAAGGACUUGGUGCAAUGCCUGCUGAAAGUGAGAUUGUUGGUGAGAUGCCCAGUGACUUCACCAAGCUUUGCUUCAGCGCGCUGCAGCCUAGGUUCAGAGGGUGAUGCGAGACCUAAAUCCCCUUGUUUAUUUAGUGGUGACAUGAACCACUUAGGGCAUCACUCAGGCCCUGACUGGCAUCUUUAGUCAUAUUUUCUAGCCCAGCAUCAAUGAGCCCUCUGAAAGGGAAGAUUUACAACUCCAAAUUGUCGGUUAGUUUCUACUGUUUUGUUUCAAUACAUUUUCCAUUCCAUGUAUUUUAUGAGAAGCAAGUUGAAGGACAAAUCCUCAUCCUGCUAUCGUAAAGGCCCCAUUGUGGUCAGGGCAACUACGCACGGGCACGGAAACCUUUUGCUUACAGCGGUAAAGGCAGGAUCAGUGCCUUGUUACAGACUUAAUUUCUAGCAGAGCAAACACUACAGGGUAGGAUUUGAUUUCUUAAAUUAAACCAAAUGUACCUACACAAAUAAGAUCUGCACAAGAACUCAACAGCUGCGGGGAACCAGGGCCUUCCCCAGCUCAUCAUAAAGCUCAAUGAAAUGCUGCAUGAAGUGGGGUUAGAGUGUAUUCCCCAAUGGGUAUGAAAUAAUACUCCCCUGAAACAGUGACCUUCCUGAGAAGUCUCACUUCUAUCCAGUCCUGGACAGCUUCAAGCAGGCCUGUCUGCUGG